AUCUCCUAAUAACCCUAGACUGACCCUGUUGACGUACCUUUGUGAGACGUGUGAGGUGCUCGUCAAAGCAGGUUGUCGUUAGUUUUAUCAGCCUCACAAAUGAUUUUCCGGUAGUUUUCCACGGCAGAGACGUUACCAAGUGCACCUGGGGCAGGUACAUCAACCCGAGAAGCGUCUAUCCCUGAUUUGGUGCAUCCAUAGACCCGCAAACACCUGGACUGCGCGCCCUUCAUAUAUCUCACGAACGAACAUGGCGGACGCUGUUGUAGUGUUGACGGUCAUCGGGGUCUUCUUUCUCCCGGUUCUGGGCUUUGCACUGCUGAUUCUCGUCCCUGCAGCUAUUGGAGUUUCACUGGGGAUUCGGAAGCUGUACCUAAAGGUCCUCCUUCGUGUCUUUGAGUUUGCCACAAACAGAAUACAGCAGCACGACAGUCGGCAGGACCUAAAUGGAAACAGAGGGGAGCAGUUACCUGACAACAAUGCAGCUGCACAGAAAAACAGUGUGGCUCUGCUACAAGAAGAAGAGAAGACAACACUGAAGAAAGUCAGAUCAUUUGGAACACUGAGAAGAGAGUUUGAAUUGUCUGAUUGUUACCACUUCUGUCGACAAGGCAUUGAGGCAAUUGCAGAUGACAACGUAACAAAAUGCUUUUCUGCUGCAGAGUUGCCAUCAUGGAAUCUGUUGACAAGAACAAACACACAUUAUGAGUUUGUAAGUGUGCGGCUCACCAUCCUGUGGGUGAUAGGGUUCCUCUUCAGGUACUGCUGUCUCCUGCCCAUGAGAUUGCUACUGGCUACAGUCAGCGUCAGUAUCUUCAUGGCCGCCACGGCUACCCUUAGUAUCUUGCCUAAUACUAGUUACAAGAGACAUGUCAGCAAGUAUGUCAGCCUGAUGUGUUACCGUAUCCUGGCCAGAGCCUUUUCAGCUGUGGUUACCUACCAUAACAAAGAGAAUCGAGCCAAGGGAGGAGGCAUCUGUGUUGCAAAUCACACCUCACCCAUUGAUGUCAUCAUCUUGGCUUGUGAUGCCUGCUAUGCCAUGGUUGGUCAGGUCCAUGGCGGGUUCACAGGGAUGAUCCAGAGGGCCAUGUCAAGGUCAGAGGCUCACAUCUGGUUCCAGAGGUCAGAGGCCAAGGACAGACAUGCUGUCAGCAACAGGUUGAAAGAACAUGUUUCAGAUCCUGAAAAGCUGCCCAUUUUGAUUUUCCCGGAAGGAACUUGCAUUAAUAACACGUCAGUCAUGAUGUUCAAAAAAGGAAGUUUUGAGGUGGGCGGCACCAUCUACCCUGUUGCUAUCAAGUAUGACGCCAGAUUUGGUGAUGCAUUCUGGAACAGCAGCAAGUACAACAUGAUCCAGUACCUGCUCCUGAUGAUGACGUCCUGGGCCAUCGUGUGUGAUGUCUGGUACCUGCCGCCCAUGCACAGAAAAGAGGGAGAGAUUGCUGUGGAGUUUGCCAACAGAGUGAAGCACGAGAUAGCGCAGAAGGGAGGACUGGUGGACUUGUUAUGGGAUGGACAGCUCAAAAGGAUGACAGUGAAAGAGGACUACAAGAAGGAACAGCAGAAGGAAUACAGCAAGCUCCUGAAGGUGGAGUAACAGACAAUUGAAGUGGGCCAAAGACAUGUUUAGUUUUUAUCAGAAAAAAAAAAGAAACUGGCUAAUGCUGUGCAGAGUGCUUUGCUAGUGUCUAGUAGCCAUAGCAUUCAGUUCAAACAUUAAAACCUUUCAAAUGAAAUCUGCAGAUAAUAAAUACUUGCAAGAAAUAGUUUCUUGUGUUAAUGGUAAAUAUUUAUCAUACUGCUAAUGUAUUAUGUGAUUACUUAAUAUUAUAAUACAUGAAGUGUAUAUGAUGGAAAUUGUAGAUAUGAAAAUGUUGCUUACAAAGGUUUUUUGAUGAUGGAAAUCUAUUAUUCAAAUGUUUGGUGACAAUUAUAACAUGAUAUACUAUAACCGUCAUGUGGAACAAGAAGGAUUUAAUAUUUAAGUUGAUUUGUAGACUUGUGAAAUCCUGAUAAAGGUUGUGCUGCUGAUCACGAAUUUGCCAGGUUACAAUACUAAGAGAUGGGCCCUUUUUGUAUACAUCUCUAGAUAAUUGUGAAUAAUAGUAAUACAUUUUAAUGUAUGUAAAAAUUCUAUGGUUGCAACUUGCAAUGGUAAGUUUGGCCCAAUCAUCUAAUACACUUGUACUUUGGGAAGUCCUGUGAGAUUAUAAUGUUAUACAUGUAUGUACUGUACUUGCAGUCUUUUGUACCCAUUUUAAUGAUUUUGAUGGCUGGAAGUGGUUCUAACUGUCCACAGUUUCCAAAUUCCAUCGGCAAACUAUUGGUCACUGCCGUAUCCAUGUGUGUGCACAUUAUAUGAAGCACAUAUGAUGGUUCGGUAUGUCAGUAUUUGGUAUAGUCAUCAUGUGAGGUCCCUUCAUGGUUUGCUUUUGAUGUGUGCACCACCUAGUGAUUCACAGGUACACUGCAUAAGUUAAGGUACUUCAAUACAAAGUCAAACCAAUGCAGUAUAAUUAGUGAUUUCAAUAGUAAUGGCACAAGAAUAGCAAAGGUACAGCACAGAGCUUAAGACACGUUUUAUCAUGUAACACUCAUUUCUGAUGUGCCUUUGUACAAAAGACAAAAAAGGUUUGAGGUCCAAUUUAGAAUGUACGUGUAGUGCCAAGGAUAAAUACAAAAGGAUUCAUCAACUGCAACUUAAGGUGUCAAAUGCCCUAGCUAUAUUCUGUUACUGCUGUAUGUGAUACUUGUCUUGUGAAUAAGGGAGAAAGCAAACACAAAAACGUAAAUCUUUGGUACAUUCAGUACAAAAUUAUACUAGCUGACUUAACUGCUGAAAUAUGGUACUGUGUGAAGCUUUGUUAAAAUAAUGCUAGAAGGAAAUGUUUUAAAAUCGAUAACUUACAUAGAUGACAGAAUUAUUUUAACUGACUAGAAACACAAGUAACAUUCCUGUAUGAGGAGCCGUAGAUAGUCUUAGGUAAGCACUGUUAGCAAAGAUUAGCUAAGCUAUAUUGUCAGUGCAGCUAUUAUAUAUAUAAUAGGGUUAACCCUACUUACACUAGCCAACUACUGCCCAUCUGCAUUUAAGACCCCUGCAGCAGUGUAAUCAAUAGAUACUACUACUACAUUGUACUAUACCGUGUUGUGAAGUGUACUUUCAAAAGUCCUUUAAUUACAAUUGCUGUCUUAAUACGAUGUAAGUAAGGGUGCCAUGUCAUCUGUAGAAGGGGAGUAUUUCAUGCAUUAACAAGUUCUUUUGUGGUCAUCUUAAGUCGUACUGUUUUUGAGUUACCUUUUUUUUUGCUUUCUCAAGGCAAUUGUUGGUUUUACAUUAUUACUGAUGAGGUAUUCUCCAAUCAAAGUAUUUCAGAGAUUUCCUAAGUACUAGAAAUCUGUUGCAUAUUUUUUGUAAGUCUCACGUACAUCUUUAUUUAGUUAAAAGCUUUUCCUAAAAGCUGUACAAUUUCAUAGUAAACACUUUCGUAAGUCAAA